UUGUUGUCUAGAGGAUUUAUUAUUGGUUGAUAAAUUUACACCAGUCAAGCACUUGUUGUCAAUUAGAAAAUGUCGCGAAUUUUAAAAACAAGUCCUUUGUUUUUAUCAAAAAGUCGACCAAAUGAAGCCAUGAUGUGAUACACAUUACCAUUUUUUUAUAUUAAUCAUAUAAGAUAUAUAGACAAUGGCUAACAAAGAACCUAAAAUCGUCAAAAGGUUUCCAAAGCGUCUUUUGUCAAGUUUUCGUAAAGGAAAGAAGUUAAAUUUACCUGCUGGGAAAAAUGAGCCUCUUGUGGACUCCGAUGAAAGGACUGGAUUUACUUCAUAUGACAUUGAGAAUGCUCAAAAUGAAAACGCUACUAUAAAUUUGGAAGCUUCUAUUGUUCUCACAACUCCUAGAAAACAAAAAUAUUCUGAAAGAGGAAAUAUUAGCGCUUUAGUUACUCCGAAAAGAAAUUUAAGAAGUGUUUUACAUACGGAUUCAAAUGAUGUAGCAAAUAAUUUAUCACCUCCAGCAGUGGAGAGGCUUGUGCUAGGAGGGCCAAUGAGUGCCAGUGCCGAUAGCGGUAUAGACUGUAGCAUAUUGCUGUCAGAGAGGAACAGUCCGGAACAGUUUGUGGCGUUUACGAGACGCGAGGCAGAGAGACUGAGGCAGGAGCAAUUACAUAAUGCCUCAGUUCUAGAAACCCUUAAUGAAACUGAUAGAAGCUCUGGUGAUGAUUGUGAUACUGAUAACUUGAAUAGUGGAGCUGGUGUGGCGAUAGGUACAGGAAAAGAGAAUGAAGCGAAUAAUGAACAAUUGAUUGGGGCAGAAGGAGGUUUAAGUUUAGAUGAGACUUUGUGCAAAGUAGGUUACUCCUCGAGCAAAAUAGCAUGUGACACCCUUCCUCCUCCACCACCAUGCAUAGGGGCCUCAGCGUGCGAACAAACAGACACUUUGACAUCUGAUUAUAUUCAGGAGAAUUCUGAUAAUUUGUCAGGUGGAAAUUUAAAUAAUUUGGGCGGAGAUUAUGUCAUGUUAGCUGAAAACAGUUAUACAGAAGCAUCUCCUAUUGUAGAUGUAACUGGUAUUAUAUCAGAAAACAUGAGGAGAACCAAAGAAACUGAAAAAUCAGAAUCUGUUAGCAGAAAUAUUGGCAUAAAUUACUCUUUAAGCUCACCUUGUGAUACAAUAGAAAUGGAAGAGACUCCUGAAAGUGUUGUCAGCAGUGAAAAUGUUACAACUGAUCAACAAAGUAUUAAUACUGAUAAGAGCUAUUUGCAUUACUAUGCCAACAGAACGGAUGAAAUCAAAUCGGCAGAGGCCAGAUUCAGAAACGAGCAGUCAGCUGGUACCUCAAUACACCUGUCAGUGUCACAUGACAUAAUUAAUCCAGUUCCCAUAGUAACACCUAGUGUAGCCACUCACCGUGUUCUACAGUCUACUCCAAGUCCCGCUAGGUUAUAUGUGAAUGAAAACAGUGCGUUUGCUAAGUGUAAGUCAUUGAAAAGAAGUGUUAGUGAUGUGGGUAAAGGUAUUUUAGGACGAUUCAGACAUCGCAGCAAGGAUAGCAGGGCACAGAAAGAAUGUGAUAAUACUGUUGAAAACACCAAAGAAAAGAAACUGCAUGGUAAGAAAGCAAAACAAACUUCUAGAAAAAGACACAAUAGUGAAAAAUCAUUAAAGGUGACAACAAGUUCAGUCAGUUAUUCACAAAUAAAAUUCAAGAAAAAACAGUCUCUAAAGUCACCUGUUACAAAAGAAAUUCUGCCAACAGGAGGAAAGACAAGUAAUGAAGCUGGUGGUGAUUUGGGUAAUCCAAAGCAGUCGCCAGUUUUCAAGGAGAUUUUGAGCCACAGCGUAAAGGAAGAGUUGGAAGCAAGCUUUAACAGACAAUCUUUUCCGUUGGAAACAGAAUCAAAAUUUAAACAACGAUGCUCUCCAGUCGUAAUGGAAUCCAUCGAGGAUAUGACUAGUAGUAUUAGUAAGAUGACGUCUGCUCUGUGUGCAAGCUCUGCCGAAAGCAUUGCUUGCAUUUGUGAUUGUAAGAACAGAUUUUCUGACCCGGAAUGCUGUGAAAAAAGAAAAACGCCUUCUCCACAUGGGUCACUGGAAUGUAAUGAUCAGAGAAAAACACCUCCACUUGAGGGUAGUGAACAUUUUGAAAAUACUAAGUCAGAUUGCAAAGCAGCAGUAAAUGUUGUUGAUGAAAAGGAAACUUUAAACUCGUACACAUGCCCUACUCUUGAAAAUGAAAUAACUGAAUAUUCGCCCCUUAUUGAUCGUGGCAAUGCUCAGAAAAAUAAGGGUGAGAAUUUACCGGAGGCAAGUGCAUUGUUCUGUAAUGAUACUGAUGAUACAAGUGAUGAUAGUUGUGAUGAAUGUUACUCUGAUAAUUCUGAUGAUGAUGACGGUGAAUGUUCAGAUUUAGACUGUUCCAAUUGUUGUAAUGUUUCACCGAACACCGGAAAUGUAAAUUUGCUAAGCAGUAGCAGUUCCGGUUCUGAGUGUAGUUUAAUAGACUCGUGUGAAAAUCUUGCAAUGAAUGGUAGAAUGAAUAAAAGUAAGAAAUUAGAAAAUUCUGGAUCGGGAUCUUCUCAAAGUUCAAGUUCAUCUUUCAUGUCAAAUGCAGGUUCCAGUAACUCAAGUGGUAAUUCUAGUCCAAGUAUAGAGGAAUACAGUUUUAAUAUGGAGAAUUCGUCUUUCUCAGUCAGUUUUAAGGAGAUUGAUUUUGAAAACGGUGAUGUAAUGUAUAUAGAAAAUAACAUUGGGGAUGAUUUUGAAGAAAGACAGUUGCCUGAGUCUGAUGAUAGUUUUAAACUUUCCUCAGUUUGUGCAACACCAGUUUCUAGUCCUAGAGUAUACAUGGAUGAGUCCCUCGAGAAUAGUCCAUGCAUAAUAAACCCUGAUAUCAUAAACUCUUGUCAAAAUACAAACUAUCGUAAUAAACACCCUGAGGAUCAUUCACCGAAACUUAUUCAAAAGUCUAUACCUGCUAAUUGUGUGAAAGAAAACAAUGAAGAUUUGACAUCUUCACCAUCUUUGAGUGUGGAAACAAGUCCGACACCUUUAAAUCUUAGUCAAAGCUCAUCUUUUACCAAUGUUAGUUUUGAGGGAAGUUUUGCUGAUGUUAGCUUUUCAGUUCACAAUCAGUCUUCAAGACAAAGAAGUAAAAAGUCAUCUGAAAAAACUGUUCAUGAGAAUUCUUUUAUAAAUGACCAAUCUAAAAUAGACAAUGACAAAUGUGAAAAAUUUGAUUAUAGUUUGUCAGAAAGCUUUAACAGGUUGAAUGACAGCAUGGGUGGACAAGGUUCUAGAUAUAAAUCUAGGCCAGUUCGAAGAGGGUACAAUACAAGCCUUAGUUCGUUGAAUGAUUCUAGACUAUUACAAAACACUUUACGUAGAAACCACAAUCGGAUGAACGACUCUUGUGUUUUAAAUGAUUCUUUAUCUUUUAAUCAUAAUACCAGUGUAGGGAGUUUGAAUAGAAAUGUUAGAAGGAGGCAAAACCUUUAUAGACAUAGUCUAAACUCUUCAAACUUAUCCACCAGUCAAAUUAACGAAAGUUUUGAUAGGUUCAAUACAAGUCGUGUAAGCUAUCUCGAACCCUCCGAGUCUCCCAUGACAUCGCCUUUAGAUCUCUCAAUUAACAGAGGUAAAGCAACAAGUCUAGAUAGGUCUAUGACUAAGAAAUCAGACAAGCAUUGGGUGGACCGACACGUAGGGCAAGUGUUUUCUCCAGCAAAGAGAGUGUUACAUAAAAACAGUGGAUUAAGCGAGUCUGAUUUGUGUAAACAGAUUCUAGAUUUGUAUGUAAGUGAUGCUGAUGAGUCUGGUUUCAAUAUACCAGAUAUUGAUGUAUCACUGAAUGAGUCUCAUAGUCAUAAUGUAAGUCAGGAUCAUGGCAACGGUAGUGCGAGGGUUGACAGCUUUGCCAGUACAAAUCUUGAUGAUUCUAGCAGUGAUGAAGACCGUCCAGGAUUGCAUUAUGGGACGUACGUGGCCCCUAGAAAUGUCGUCAAGGAGACGAAUGUUGAUGAUUUUACAACUACAACUGUCUGGACUUGUUAUACUGGUGAGGCAAAGACCAGAAAACUGCAAGAUAAAUCUGGAAGUGCACAUUUGAGGGGUGAGGACAGACGAAAGGCAGCUCUUAAUGAACUUCACAAUAUGUCUAUGGAAAAAACAUCUAAGAACCGAUCAGUUGAUGAAAGUCCUACGAAACAUGGCAAGGUCAGAGGUCGUGAAGCCCUGCAGGACCAAACCAACACCAAACGUAGAUUGUCAACUCUUGAUAUGCCGCCCAGUUUAAGUGACAGUAUCACAGCAGAGGGUGUUCAACAAGAUAUCAGGGAAAACAGCAGGAAGGCAAUGAAAAUGAAUGACAAGAGUUUUGAUCACUUGACGUUGUUACAUACGGCACAGAAUGGUCAGAGAAGAGUUAGAUGUCUAACGAUGGACGAGUCACAGAGUGUUGUCAAAUAUUACCCUCCACCUAAAGAAGCAUCACGGAUCAGUUGGGGUCAGACUAUCAGUGAGAUGGACUUGUACAGACAUACACCUAGAAAGACGCCAGUGAAAACUAGACCAAUCCUUAACCAGAAGGAGAAUACCUACCCGUAUGAGGACGAUACACCCUCGCCAAUUGUUCUUACCAAAAUGAGGAAACCUAAGUCUCUAGCCAAGAAAUACAAAAACUGGCCAUGGUCAUAGUUUGAGGAAAAAAUACAGAGAAAAUUUUCUCACCAAUCUGUAUAGAGUUUGAGGAUGGCUGGCCGUAGUUAGGGGCUGAGAGAAACUUGACAAUUUUAAGGCAUGAAACAUUCUUCAUUGUUAUAGAGUAUUAUUUAGUCCUUGGCAUGGAUGUAUAUUUGAAAUGAGCAACUGUGAAAUUGUGUCGAGGUAAUAUACCUGUGAUUGUUGAAGACAACACAUUUCAAUAAACUUUUAUGAACAGUAUCUGUUCUUGAACAAAAAGUGCCAGUGCCAGCCAUAUACCACAGUAACAACUGAUAAAUUAUACAUAUGUAAGGCUUGAUAACUUACUAACUUAAAGGAAUCAUAUAUAUUCAUAUUAUGAUAAUAUAUGAUAAUUAUUAAUAUAUCACUGAAAAGAUUGAUAAUUUAUACUACCUUAAGGAUUGAUAGAUUAAUAACAUUGAAAAUCCUAAAUUAUAGUCUUAUACCACUGUAAGGAUAAAUAUAUUUAUACCACUGUCAACAUUGAAAACUGUAUGCCACUUUAGAAGGAUUGAUUUAUUUAUACCACUAAAAGGGUUGUAAAUUUUAUACCACUGUCAGGAUUGGUUUAUCUAUACCACUCAAAGAAUGAAAAUUUAUACCACUAUAAGGAUUGAAUCAUUGAUAAUGUAUACCACAGUAAGGAUUUAUUUAUUUAUACCACUCAAAAAAAUGAAAACUUGUACCACUGUUAGGAUUGGUUUAUUUCUACCACUUAAAAAAAAGAAAACUUGUACCACUGUAAGGAUUGGUUUAUUUCUACCACUUAAAAAAAAGAAAACUUGAACCACUGUAAAGAUGAACAAAUUGUUAACAUAUAACCCAGUUUUAUGGAAAUUAACAAAUUAUACCACUAAGAAUGAACAAGUUAACAUCACUUUAUCAAAUAACAAAUUUAACCACUUUUUAGAUUACUAGCUUUUACCACAUAAAACAUCAAAGAGCCACAACUACUUUAGUUAUCACAGAAAAUUCACUAGUGAGAAAAUGUUCUAUGUUAAAAUGGAUUGAAGUUAGAUAAAACUGUAGGAAAACAAUCUUCUGCAAGAUGAUGGUGUAAGGAUAUCAAGUUUAAUUCAAUUGUUUGGAAACAAACCUCAGGUCACAUAAUAGCUCGUGGGAAUUAGAUGUCGAAUGAAGAUGUCUUCUUGGGAGAAAGAGAAUUAUUUGAAAAUGCCAGGAAGAAGUUAGGCAUUUCUUGAGUAACAGAUGUAGAUUAACUGAUAAUUUGAGUUAAAGGCACAUUAUGCCUCAGAAACAAAUAAAUUUUUACUUCCUUAGAAAGGGCAAAUGUGAGUUUUAUAAUGUAAUAAAAUUGGUUUUAGAGAAUGUUAGAUGCUUAUUACCUGAAUAAAGAAGCAAUAAAUGUGAAAUGAUUCAUGAUAAAAGCAACAAAAUGUAAACAAAAUAGUUUUUUUUUUACUUCUGUAUAAAAUACUUAUUUACUAUAACUGUACUUAUUGCCAAAAAGUAACAGAUGAAUGAACUGGUUCUGGUGAUUUGCCAACUACUGAAUUAGUAAUUUUUUUUGGAUACUAUAAAAGUACAACAAAAUUGAAAAAAAAAACUUUGAGAAAUAAAAAUUAAAAGAAAGUAAGUUCUUAUAAGUAAGUUUUUUUUAUCAGAUUGCUUUGUGUUCAAAAUGAUAUAUAUGGUAAAAGAUUAGAAUCUAACAAAGCUUUAUCUAUGCCAUGAGAGAUUUCAAUUUUUCUUCUUUUUUUUUGAUCUUCAUGAUUUUCUUAUAAUAUUUACCUCUUUCCUUCUAGUCAAAUUAAUAAUUUCUUUAAAGUGUCACGCAAUUUAGCUGAUAUCUUGAUUGAAAUAUGAUCCAAUUAAAUGCCAAUCCAAUUAGUUUCUAUUAAACAUCAUGCGAUUUUCUCGUCUAUUUUGUAGAAAUAAUCACUUAGAUAAUUUUGUCAGUUUUGAAGUGAUUUAUUAAAUUGUUGAUUAUGGUUAAUUAUUAUUUAUGGUGCUUUGAAUAUGAUAUAUUUAUACAUUACCAGGUUAGUUUAUUUUUUUCCUAAUUUAUGGUGCUUUAGUAUACACAUAACAUUCAUGUGUCUUUUAGAAGGUCCUUAUUCAAGGGCAUAGGAGUUUUUUCUUUUAAAACAUUUUUACUUUUUGAUUAGUGGUUGUGAAAAAAACAAAACAACUAAAGGCAAGCAAUAGAUGUUUAUUUGUGUCCUUGUAUAGGGCCUUCUUUUGUCUUUUUCUUUUUAACUAUUUAUGGAAUGUUUAGGCGUUCUUUGUAUAUUUUCAUUGGUUUACAAUUAUUGAAAGCUCAUCAUUCUUCUUUUGCUUGAUGAGAAGGUGAAAUAGUAAACAAUAUAGUGUUCAAUGGCUAAAUAUCACAUAUACAUGUAUAUUGCUCAAUAUGUUGUACUGAGCAUUGCAUACAUUUCUUUCCAUAUGAAGUACCAGUUAUUUUAUCUUUUUCUGUGU